AAGUCUGGCAACACUGUGGCAGGCUAUCGUUUUUUACUAUUCUAUGAUAACUUGUUUAAUUUAGUAAUUCAGAAUGACUGUAUUCGACGAAAUAGAAAUCGAAGACUUCGAAUAUGACGACGAUGAAGAAACGUACUAUUAUCCUUGUCCUUGUGGAGAUCGAUUUGAAAUAAGUAAGGCAGAAUUAAUUGACGGCGAAGAAUUGGCGACUUGUCCCAGCUGUUCCCUCGUAGUCAAAGUUAUCUACGAUUUGGAAAAGUUCAAGGCAGAGGCCGAAGAAAUAAAAAAAGAAGGUGGUGACAAAGAGACAUUAAAAAUUUAAGAUACUGAAAAUUAGUUUAGUAGAAGUGAUUAACUAUGAUCAGUAAGUUUGAGAACUAAGAGGAAAGAAGACUAAAGAACUGAAGGACAAAAGGUAGGGCUUAGCCUUGAAAAGUGCUCAGACGACUUUGUCUUGUGAUUACAGUGUGUGAUACUCAUUAUUUUGUGAUUAUUUAUAACGUGUUGCUAUUAUAAUAAUUAAAAAAUAAGUUUUUGUGAAGUCCAUAUUAUAGUUUU